UUAGCACCGGCCAGAGAAAUCACAAGGGAGGAAAAAGGGGAAAGAGAAAACAGCCGGAUGACGGAGAAGUCGACCGAAGAGGUCAUCGAGGCGGCCUCCGGCGCUCACUUCCGCAGCUUCCGCCUGGACUCCCUCUGCCUGUCUUCCUCCACCCCGUCAUCGCCUUCUUCCGCUGAGGCAUCGCUCCUCCGAUCUCCCGAAUGCCCCGCCGCCGACGCGGUUUCCCUGAAGCAGCCCUUUUUCAUCGGGGUCUGCGGGGGUACGGCUUCGGGGAAGACCACGGUCUGCGACAGGAUCAUACAGCAGCUACACGAUCAACGCGUCGUUCUAGUGAAUCAGGAUUCAUUUUAUUGUGGGCUAACUGCUGAAGAAUCUAAGCAUGUCCAGGACUACAAUUUUGAUCAUCCUGAUGCCUUUGAUACUGAACAACUUUUAGAGUGCAUGAAAAAGCUAAAAAGUGGCUAUUCUGUCAAUGUUCCCAUUUACGAUUUUAAGAAGCACCAGCGUUGCCCUGAAAACUUCAGAAAGGUAAAUGCAUCAGAUGUCAUUAUUUUGGAGGGUAUCCUUGUUUUUCAUGAUUCUCGAGUUCGUGACUUGAUGAACAUGAAGAUAUUUGUUGACACAGAUCCUGAUAUAAGGCUUGCUAGAAGAAUAAAGCGUGAUACUAUUGAGAGAGGCAGAGAUGUUAACUCAGUUCUUGAACAGUACGGGAAGUUUGUCAAGCCUUCUUUUGAUGAUUUUAUUCUUCCAUCGAAGAAGUAUGCUGAUGUCAUCAUACCACGUGGAGGUGAUAACAUUGUUGCAAUAGAUCUCAUUGUACAACAUAUCCGAACGAAGCUUGGUCAACAUGACUUGUGCAAAAUCUAUUCUAAUGUAUUUGUUAUUCAGUCAACAUUCCAGAUACGAGGAAUGCAUACACUUAUUCGUGAUAGGGACAUAGCAACACCGGAUUUUGUCUUCUAUUCAGAUAGGCUCAUAAGACUGGUUGUGGAGCAUGGCCUCGGUCAUUUACCAUUUACUGAGAAGCAGGUGCUCACACCAACAGGAUCUACAUACAUAGGUGUCAACUUCUGCAAGAAACUUUGUGGGGUGUCUAUUGUUCGAAGUGGUGAAAGCAUGGAGAACGCACUGCGGGCAUGUUGUAAAGGAAUAAAGAUUGGUAAAAUUCUCAUCCAUCGUGACGGAGACAACGGAAAGCAGCUCAUAUAUGAGAAACUUCCAAAGGACAUUCAUGAGCGUCAUGUGCUACUUUUAGAUCCUGUUCUUGCUACAGGUAAUUCCGCAAACGAAGCCAUAGAACUCCUCUUACAGAAAGGAGUUCCCGAGAAGCGAAUAAUUUUUCUUAACCUGAUAUCGGCACCUGAGGGAAUUCGCUGCGUAUGCAAACGAUUCCCGUCGUUGAAGAUUGUCACCUCUGAGAUCGAUGCUUCGCUUAAUGAAGACUAUCGAGUUAUCCCAGGGUUGGGCGAGUUUGGCGAUCGCUAUUUUGGCACUGAUAGAUGAGCACAUUAAUUUAUGAUUCUUGCUUCAUUUUGAUCUGAGUGCAUAGAAUGCUUUUUUGAUGAGCUAGCUAUUCGUUAUUCAAAGUAAAAAAAAAUAAUAUGACAUGAAUUCAUACAAUAUUUUUUUGGAAUUCAAUUGCUUUUUUGAGCAUUUCUUUUGAUUCUUAUUUGAGUUGCUAUCCAUCGAAUCUCUCGAAUGGGUAGUGUCUGUAUGGUGUAGAUCUUCUGUAGAACGAGGUAUUCACACAGAAAGUUUGAUAUUCUUUUAUUUAUUUUGAUUAAAUUUACACAAUUUGAUCAGUUAACUUCAUUUCAA